GUCUGCUGCAGGUCACACACGCUCCUCGCAAGGCAGCGCAGCGCGCAACGCACGCACAGACAGCGGAGACCCGCGCGUCUAUACCACGUGACCCGCACGAGCGAGACACGCACCGAGAAAAUUGUAAUUCAUUUGGGGAAAAAAAACGCACCAUGGAGCUCGCUCCCCCCGCCUGCUUAUUCAGCGCGCAGAGCGUCCCGCUGAGCCCGAGCGGCAAGUCCGCGGCUGCAGCGGCGGCGGCCGCCAAGCGCCCCCGCUCGUCGUCCCCGGAGCUGCUCCGCUGCAAGCGCCGCCUCAACUUCGCCGCGUUCGGCUACUCGCUGCCCCCGCAGCAGCCGCACGCCGUGGCGCGCCGCAACGAGCGCGAGCGCAACCGCGUCAAGCUGGUCAACAACGGCUUCGCCACCCUGCGCGAGCACGUGCCCAACGGCGCCGCCAACAAGAAGAUGAGCAAAGUGGAGACCCUGCGCUCGGCCGUCGAAUACAUCCGCGCGCUGCAGCAGCUGCUGGACGAGCACGACGCCGUCAGCGCCGCCUUCCAGGCGGGCGUGCUGCAAGCGCCGUCGCCCGGCAUGGCGCAGGGCUACCCGGCGGCCGAUAUGAACUCCAUGGCCGGCUCGCCCGUGUCCUCCUACUCGUCGGACGAGGUGUCGUACGACCCCCUCAGCCCGGAGGAGCAGGAACUCCUCGACUUCACCAACUGGUUCUGAACCCCUGCUGCCGGGUAAGGGCUGACCCACACACUGAGACUCCCCAGACCGACUCUUCUCCCUCAGAUGAGAACCGACUCAUCUUUUCCUUCCGCCCAGGACUGUAAUUUAAAAAAAAAAAAAAAAAAAAAAAAAAUCCAGUCCGUUUGCAAGCCCGGGUGGUCCCGGAGGAGGCUCAAGAAGCACCCAACUCGGAAUGCCGACGACCACAAAAGACUGGAAAACCCACACAAGACUGACUUUGGGGGGUCCGCGUAAAAACGAGCAGCACAUUAUUUAAGAUGAAGAAUAAUCGUAAGGAUGAGAAGAAGAAGAAUCCAAUCCAAUCAGCCUUUGUCACAACAGCUUCCAAUUUGUAGGAAACUAUCUCUCUCCAGUGCUCUGUCGCAAAUGCAGAAACUAUUUUUCUAUGUAAAGAGAUUUAUAGACCUUUUUGUACACAUCAUUUUUGUAUAUAUUUUGCUUACAUAAUUCUAUUACGUGUCACUUGUGUUAUUCCUUCCCCCAACGCAGCACCGACGUGUCUUAUUUAAAUGUGUCAACUUUGUCCAUGAUCAAAACUUAUUAUGCAGCUAGUGUCCAAACACGUCAGCGAGGUGUUGGAAACUCUUAUUAUUGUCAGCCUCAUAAUAACAAUAACGAGAAGCAUAUUUUCCACAGUGCAACAAUAAACGAUUUGCGA